AUGGAUUUAAGAAAUAGUCAUCAUCAUGAAAAUAAUCAAAAUUAUUCUUCAUAUCGUGAAAGAUCACAAUCAUUAGUUGAUAGAUUAAAUGGAAUUGUUGGACCAACACUUAGAACAGAUGAAGAAAUUGAAGAAUAUGAUGAAGAUGGAAAGCAUGUUGUUAAAACUGUUGAAACUGUUGAAAAACUUGUUUAUUUACCUCUCGCAAAUAAUACUAUAUCUCGUGAAAAUAUUAAUUAUUCUUCAAUUCAUGAAAAAAAAUAUGCCAAUCAUGAAAAAGAUAGUUAUGGAAGACAUCAUGGUACAUAUAAUGACUCAUUUAGACGUCGAAGUAAAAGUAAUGAAGAUAAAUAUAAUCAAUCAAGUAAAGAAUAUACUGGUGGAAUGUAUCAUAAUCAAGGUUUUUAUGAUAAUGUAUAUGCAAAAGAUACUAUAAAAAUUAGUGAUAAUUAUUACUCAAAAUAUAAUAAAAAUAUAAUUGAUAAAAAACAAAAAUCUAGAUUUCAUAUUAGUAAUGAUGACGACUCAUUUGAUUAUGGAUUUAAAAAGAAUGAAACAAUAGCUAAAAAUUUACCAACAUAUGAAGAACAUAUGCGGUCCAAAAAACAAACAAAUAUUUAUGAAGAAAAAAAUAAAAUAGAUUAUAAAAAAACUAGAAGAGAAGAAUUAAGAAAUAAAUGUUAUACAUUAUGUACAUCUUGUUGGUGUAUUAUAAUAUGGAUUAUUUGCCUUCUUUUGCUAUUUUUAUUAAUUUUUUUACUUUUGUGGUUUUUAGUAAUUAAUAAAUCAUCUACAAUACCAACUACAACAAUUGCACCACCAGGUGUACCAUUAAUAAAUGUUACAACAAAUGAUAUACCAGUUCAAAAUGUGCAAGGUAUUACAUAUACUGGAGUUCAAAAAGAUUCUUUACAAAUAGAAUAUAUUUAUGUUUUUGAUUCAAUAUUAUCAUCAAUUAUUGUAUUAAAUUAUAAUACAUUUUUAAAUGUUGCAACAAUUACUACUAAUUUUGAAACAAUUAAUAAUAUUAGUUGUAGUAAUUGUAAAGUUUAUUAUUUAUCUAAAAAUUGUAUAAAUCAAGGAAAAUGUUCAGAUAAUGAUGCUAUAUAUUGUUGUGAUAAAUGUAAAACUGGUGAAGGUUCAAAUUCAUUAAAAUAUACAAAAAAUUGUAAUAUACAAAAUAUUAAGACAAGAGCAUGGGAUUAUAGAAAUAUUCAAUUUACUGGUGUAUCUGAUUCAUAUACAAUGAGUAUAGUAUCGGUAGAUCCUGAUUAUACACAAGAUUCAAAUAUUUCAAAAUUAUCUGCUAAUUUAGUUUACCAUACAUUUACAAGUAGUUUUGGAAAAGUUGUUGAUUCUGGUAUAAAUUCUACAAAAAAAUAUGAUACACCAUCUGGAUCAAUAUUUGAUACUUUAACUGUUGCACCAUCAAAAAUUGGAAGUCAAGAUUUUGUUUGGUCAUCAUCAAUAAAUUCUUCAUCAUUAGUAUUUUAUUAUUUUGAUUUUCAAUUAGUUAAUAUACAAGUAUCAAAAAUAUCUACAAAUAUGAUGAUACAAUUAACUAAUUUAAAUCCAAUUAAUAGUGAUACUCUUCAAUUAACAUAUAUUGACAAAUCUAAUAAUAAAUUUUUAGUUAGAAGGUAUCAGAAGACAAAUUUAACAUUAACGAUGAAUGAAGAUUUCUAUCAAAUGACAACACCUAAUGGAUUUUAUAGAUACAUUGAUUAUUCAUGUGACGGAAAUGGUAAUAUUUACCAACUAUCUUCAACUAUCUCAAAUUCUUAUAACGUCCGCAUUUUUAUGAUAAAUUAA